AGAAGCUCGGAGGGGCAUAAGUAAAUAAAAGGUAACCGUCAUGAGCUUCAGCUUGUGAAUGAAUCUCUCCUCAUGAUCACCAUCUACAACUCGCUCCCCUCCUCAGUCACUUUAAUUCCUCGCUAUAGCCUUGUGCUCUGCUGCAAACCUCUCAUCCAACGCUUCUUACAAGAAAUUUCAAAGCUUGCUAGAUCCUAUCGCCACGGCCAUUUGAUCGCCUCCCAACUUCGUUAUAUCUUUGUGAAGACAGCCCCGAUUUUUAUCGAUCAUUGAUCUCAGUACAGGUAUACCAAUUACUAGGAGCCCCUCGUUGGACCUCGUUCGAUAGCAUCAAGGCUCGAUAUACCAUCCAGCUUUGGGUCACUCGUCUAGAGUCCCACUUACACGCUCUUCACCUUUCUAUACCUUGUUUGAUACACAGGUCAUCAUAUCGCAAAAUUCAUAAUGGCUUCUGUAGCAUUGUCGACGCCUGUCAAGUCCCACAAGGGACUAUUCUCAGCCCGUACCGCUGGCGGGCGCAUGCCUUUGACUCCCUCUCCCCGCCAACAGUCAUCCACCACGAACGUCCCCGUCAACCUGAACUCUUCCCCAUUUACCCCCGAAAGACAGUCUAGCAACGAGUUUAGGCCAUCCGGGCGCUCUACAUAUGGCGGUAACCUCAUGUCUCACCUUGCUCGAUCUACUACAAAGUCCUCUCACCGUGACUCCCCCAAGUCCAACAUCGCCCGUGGUGUUCAGACUCCCCGGAAGGCUCUUGAGCUUGGCGUCUCUGAUUUUACCCUCACUGGUACUGGCAACACCACCAAGACCCCUUCAAGCACAAAGUCCAAGAAGAGCCUCCGCUCCAAGACUGCUAAGACUACUCUGAACUAUGGUGGCGACCGAUUUAUCCCCAACCGUGGCGCAAGCUCUGCCAUUUCCAACGCUGGUUCUGGCAAGCUUGAUCUCCCCGAUAGGCAACGCCCCAAGAGCAGCAGCUCCGAGAGCUCUACUGUUCUCUCUGCUGCUGCUGACGAAGCCAUGGCUGCUCUCGAGAGCCUCAACAUCAACGAUGAUGAGCCUGACAACUACUCUCGACCCUCCCCUAACACUGUGGCUUACCAAGAUUCCCUUGCCAAUGCUUGUGGUGUUAGCCUAAACACUCGCAUCCUCGAGUUCAAGCCUGCUGCCCCCGAGUCUUCCAAGCCAAUUGACCUGCGACAACAGUACAACCGCCCCCUCAAGUCUGCGACUUCCAGCUCCGCUCAACUCCGCCGCCGCAUUGCCACUGCCCCUGAGCGUGUCCUUGAUGCUCCUGGCCUCGUGGACGACUACUACCUGAACCUCCUCGACUGGAGCUCUGGUAACCAGGUCGCUAUCGGUCUUGAGCGCAAUGUCUACGUCUGGUCUGCCGAUGAAGGUAGUGUUAGCUGUCUCCUUGAGACCACUCCUGAUACAUAUGUCAGCAGCGUCAAGUGGUCUGGCGAUGGCGCCUAUGUCAGUGUUGGUAUGGGAACUGGCGAGGUCCAGAUCUGGGACGUUGCGGAGGGCCAGAAGAUUCGAAGCAUGUUCGGCCAUGAUACACGUGUCGGUGUCAUGGGGUGGAACAAGCACCUUCUCUCUACCGGUGCUCGUAGCGGUCUUGUCUACAACCACGAUGUUCGCAUUGCCGAGCACAAGGUUGCUGAGCUCGUCUCCCAUACAUCCGAGGUUUGCGGACUUGAGUGGCGCUCCGAUGGCGCUCAGCUCGCUACUGGCGGCAACGACAACCUCGUCUCCAUCUGGGAUGCCCGAUCUCUGUCUGUUCCUAAGUUCACCAAGACCAACCACAAGGCUGCUGUCAAGGCCCUCUCUUGGUGCCCUUGGAACAUGAACCUCCUCGCUACUGGUGGCGGCUCUUACGACCGUCACAUUCACUUCUGGAACUCCACCUCGGGUGCUCGCGUCAACAGCAUCGACACUGGUUCUCAGGUCACUUCUCUUCGCUGGAGCCCCCACCACCGCGAGAUCGUCAGCUCAAGCGGUUUCCCUGACAACUCUCUCAGCAUCUGGAGCUACCCCACCCUUGUCCGUACCGUUGAGAUCCCCGCCCACGAGAGCCGAGUCCUCCACAGCUGCCUGAGCCCUGACGGCCAGAUGCUUGCAACAGCUGCUGCUGACGAGAGCCUCAAGUUCUGGAAGAUCUUUGAGAAGAAGGCUGGUGCCACCGCUGGCAUUGGUGCCUCUGGCGCGUCGAGCAAGGCGUCCAUGGCUAAGCAGAUGACCAUCCGAUAAGUACCAGUACCCACUGGACCACGGUAGGUAUGACCUUUCACUAGUAUCUGGUUCUCUGUAUUUGAAGCACGGAGUUGGGGUGUCUGCCUGCCCCUCUGCUCGUGGUAUGAAAGUGCUUCUCCACGCAGAGACGAACGAAACGGAAUGGUCAUGAAAUUACGAUGGACGCAUCAUUGCAUCACAGCGCUAUUGGAAGUUCUGGAGCAUGGAGUCGCCUUGAUAGUGGACUCCCUGUGUUAGUUGUGGGCGUUUGGGAUCUGUUUUUAUGCAUGGAGAUCGGAUAGGAAUUGGAAUUAAAAUGAAAUUAAAAUGCCUCGAGCAUUAUUUUUAAAUUCG